AGAACUGUCAAAUAUUAACUAAGUUAAAGACUUUGUCUGGCAAGUUUCUUCAUAUCCCAGUGUGAACAAACUGACAGACUGGGGAAAAUGGAAUCAAGUCCUGCUUUUUUGUGUCUUUGGCUGUGCUUCAUUGUUUAUGCUUCUACAUCAAAUGGUUGCUCUGAGAUCCCAGUGGUCGAGAAUGCAGAGGUUUCUGAAAGCUCAAAAAAAAACCAAUACUCUGAGGGUGAUACACUUGAAUACAAUUGCGAACGUGGCUACAUCUCUCAGAGAAAAAUAACCUAUAGGUGUACCAAUAAUGAAUGGAAAAUAUUUCGUGAUGUUAAAUGUUCACUCAAACCCUGUGAGUCACCUGAAGAUAUUCUAAAUGGUCGUUACAUUAUCGAAAAGGGAAGAAACUUUGUUUUUGGAACAACCAUCAAGUAUAUCUGCAACGAUGGCUACCAGAUUAAAAGUCAAUUUGACACCAGAACAUGUCAAGAAGGUGGAUGGGACAAUCAGUUACCUGAAUGCAAAGAUGUAUCAUCAUGUGAACGAAUAGUCCCUGAGAGAAACAUCAGAGUGGCGGGACUCCCUGAACACUCUGAUGACUUGAUUCGAAGUGGACGCAUGUUGACAUUUUCAUGUGAUGGUCCUGGACUGAUUUUACAAGGACAGAAAGUAAUCACCUGCCAGUCAAAUGGAGAAUGGAGCAGCCCAUUACCGAAAUGUGUUGCUACAGAAAUUGCCUGUGAGGGGGAACAACUCAUCAAUGUUGAAAUUUUAUAUGGACAUCCAAGUUUCGUUUCACCUUACACACCUGGACAUGUUUUACUUUUUCGAUGCACUGAUGAGAAUCAGAAGAUGCAUGGACAUCGAGCAAUUGCAUGCCAGUCAGAUGGAAAAUGGGAUCAGCCAUAUCCGACAUGUAGAGGCCGAGGGAAAUGUGGCCCACCACCAACAGUGGACAAUGGAGAUACAACAGAUAUUACAAAAAAGGAAUACAAUACAGGAGAGAGAGUUGAAUACAUCUGCUUUAGUAAAUACACACUGGAUACACGUCCCACUUUCUCCAAAUACUUGACCUGUCAGCAAGGAGAAUGGAGCGGGAAUGUUAAGUGUUUAAAGCCCUGUACAGUGACAGUGGAUAUAAUGAAUGAAAGAGGUAUAGAGUUGGCCUACACUGGUGACCAAAAGAUGUUUGCACCACAUGAUGAUCACAUCACCUUUAAGUGUCUGUGGGGCAAAAGAUCAGUAGGUGUUGACUUCAGACAAAAGUGUAAUGAUGGAGAGAUGACUUUGCCUGAGUGUGUGUGACAGUGGAAAUAAAACAUAGAUGAAGCAUCCACUGUACUACCCAAUGAGCAGAUCAAAAUAAAUAUUUUUCCCCCAAA